CAACUGUCAACAUUUCCAGCAGUGUUGGCUAUUCUGGAUGGCAGCACUGCCAAGAUCAGGUUCAAAAUACCUGGAUCCGAAGAAAAGCGACUGCAAAAUUGUUUUAUUUAGUAUUUAUUUAUAUACGGGGCGAGGCUAGAAAAGUGGGGUUCAACACUACACUAGAGAAGUGGUCAUACCUGCUUCAGUAGCAAUCUCCACACUUGGGACUGAAUCUCACCAACUACAAUGGCAAAGCCCAGCAUCCUGAAAACAACUCGGAAGCAAACAGAACCCCUGGAAGACCUCUCAGCAACCCAAAAAAGUCUCCGUCUCCAGAUAGAAGAACUGAGGGGGACUUUAGCCUGCUUGGACUCUGAGAACAAGAUGUUCCUCAAAGACAAGGAAUGCAUCAAAGAGCAGCAGAAAUCUCUCCGGAACACAAUGGAUUACCUUAAGUCCACCAUAGAACACUUGCAGAUAACUGUGGAGGACAUCAGAGAAAGGUUGGACCAGGCCAACACGGUGAUCCAAGAUUUAGCGCUGCAGAACAAGUCUUUGGUGAAAGCCAACGAAGACCUCAACCAGGAAAUGCACGCCGUCACCAGCCAGGUGGCCGUCUUCAGAGACGACAAGCCUGCCCAAGAGGAUAACCUCAAGGAGAUGCGGAACCUUCCAUCGGAGGUUCAAAAGUACCUCCAUAACCUGGAGGAUAAACUGGCUAAGAUGGAGCACAGCUACCACGUGGAGAGGAUCCAUUCCAGCCAACUGAAGGAGAAAGUCACAAAUCUUCAGACAGUCAGAGAAAACAGUAGGAAGCGCAUCAAAGACCUGCAGAACCAACAGGACCUCUGCGUGCAGCAGGCCUCCUUGGUGAGGCUGGACCAGGAAAACCAGUUGCCAACGGGCACCCUGAUGCACGAACAAGUGGAGGCCAGGCUGAUGGGGGACAAGUCAAAGGAAAGGAAGGCUCUGCAUUGGUUAUGGACAGCAGCCAAAAUUCUGAUGAUGUUCUUGUUUGGCUGCUCUCUAUUCCUUGGCCUUGUCUUGGCGUACACACACUUUUUAAAUCCGCUGUUCAUCUCUGACACACUUUUGGUGCUCCUGAGUGACCAGAGUAUUGACAGACUUGUCCACCAUUUCUCCCCUUAUCUCGACUGGAGAAAUGACGCCCUUUUACCGUUUUGACAAGCAAAAGGAAUCCUGGGUUGUAUAUUUGAAGAACCUUCAUAUAUGUAUAUAUGUGUGUGUGCAUGUGUAUGUAUCUAUUUAUAGUUGUAUAUAUGACUCUGCUUUUUUCUAUUGUUUCAUUUCCUUCUAUUAGCUUUUGCUUAGUUAAAGGAAGUCAAAAAUAAAAAAUAAUAAU